AUGGAGGACAGUUGUUCGACCUGGAAAGCCGCUGCCUCCAGCGCCCUGUUUUUGGGGUCCCUCUUGCAACACUGCCGCGACCAGCUGCAUGUUUUGCAGACGAGGAAACGUGAUGAACUUCAGAAUUUCAUCAAAGACAUGAAGGAGCAGACGAAACAGAUCAGUUCUGAGUUGAAAGAUGAGGCGCCCGAUGUCCAAAGGUGGCAUAUUCGCCGUAGAUCUGAAUCUUUAUUAUCGGUACCCCGAACUACUAGUAAAUCAAAACAGGACAAGGAGGCAGAAGAUGUAUAUUGUGACGUGUGUCAGAACAGGUUCAAGAAGGCAGAUAAGCAGUACCCUUGUCGAGUUUGUGACAAUAUCUUCCAUAAGAGUUGUAUUCUGGGUAUAAAGAAUCUACACCCAUCUCACAACGUCACCAUAGAACGAGCGAACACCAAAGUAGGAUGGAGCUGUCCGGCUUGUGACGAUUUGAGCUUGUUGCUCUCUGAAGACGAGCUGGAGAGUAUUGUACAAAUGUUCGACGAAGAAAUCGGUCCGAAAGGUGACCAGAUUUCUUUUGAGGAUUUUCUUGCCUUUAAGAGUCUCCAGCAUAAUGUAACAGAGGAUGAUCAUGAUCGACUGCGACUUGAAUUCCAACUGGUUGAUACCGACUCUAACGGUAUGAUUGACUGGUGGGAAUUCCUGAAUUAUCAGUCUAAAAUGAAGCUGUUUUCUCGGAGUCAGGAAGAUUUGGUAGAUCUCCUGACUGUCAAAGAAAUGGAAAUAGCUCAGUCUGCUUUUUCCCACCUAAAACCUGACAAAAGUGGGAGGGUGUCUCCACGAGAAACCAGACGACUUUUGUCAGAAUGGUAUAGACUUCUGGAUACUAGUACUUCUGGCGAAAAAGAAGAUGUUUUUGAUCAAUAUGCAAGGCUUGCAACAACGAGAGUUAUGACUUUAGAUAAUACGUCUUUGGGGUCCGUUUCAUGGAAAGACUUUCUGAUGGGACAAGCUAAAUAUAUCAUUGGAGCACGUCCUAAUAUGAUCAAAUUUUGA